AAUGCGAACGGAACGGAAUCGGUGGAAAAUGCAGCCGGGCUAAAGAAGACAGUGCGAGCAAGUGAGAUAAAGAUAUUCGGCCGAGCAACAGUGAAAAGCGUUUGAAGGGCCAUAGAUACAAGAUAAUGCCCCAUGGAGCAGUAGUCCUCCUCUCCGCCAACCGAUAUGUGAAAAUCACCCAGUGAAGCCAAAGUGAAAGUGUGUGAAAGACAGUUCGUCGUUAACAAAAAUGCGCACAUUUUAAAGUUCAAAAUUUGGCAGUGAAACAAAGCGAAAUAAGGGAAAACAAACAAGAAAAAAUGCGAGAAUUCUUCAGAUGUUGUUCUUUAAUGCAUACGAAAUACUCAAAUAAAUUAUCAUCAGCCUAAUCAACAUCAGCGUUAUUAUCAGCAGCAGGAGUAAAGGAAGGGAGGAGGAAAACUUUUCGUCUCGUAAGAUUCAGCGCUUGGGAUUCAAGGAAGUCCAAUGAGUGGUGUGGCAGGAACGGGAACAGGUGGCCCAGGUGGCCAGGGUGGAGUGGGCGGUGGUGCCACCCACAUCUUUCGGUCGCUGUCAUCGGAGAGCCAGAAGCGGGAGUGGUCCAAACGCCUCUCCCUCCGGGGAAUGCGCCACGGAAUGGGCGGCAGCGGAGGAGGAGCCGGAGGAGGUCCUGGCACUGGAACUUCUGGCCUUGCCAGCAGCAAGGAGGAGAGCAAGCACAGAAAGUUCUUCAGCCGCUCGGCCUCCCUGCGACAGGCGGGAAGUGGGGGCAGCCAGCAGGCCUCCAUGGAGCUGCAUGUGCCCGGCCAGGACGGAAAGGGAGGAGGAGUCUCCUCGGGAGCGGGCUCACCGCAGACGCAGACCCAGCCGUCGACGCCCAAGAAGUCCAACUGGGAGGUGAUCGAACAUUUCAAUACGAGUGCCAAGGGAGGCAAGGCCAUGGUUAGCAGCAGCUUAAUUGCGGCUGGGAUUACGCGCUGCAAUAUAGACGAAUCCAUGGACUCCACCAACUCCAGCUCCACCUGCCACAGUCCCAUGAUCUACCAACGUGACGAGACCCAGCUGUUGCAGCCAGGGGAUGCCGGCAAUGUGGAGGCCAACAAUCCGAGUCCGGGCGGCGGAGGAUCCGGAGCUGGCAAUGGCAAUGUGAGCCCCAGCAUUUCCUUCUGGUUCCGUUUGAACCGCAUCAUCCUGCGCCUCUGCUCCACGCACCAGUUCAAGAAUCUCCAGGUGGAAAUGCUGUAUCAGCGGUAUUUUCUGCGUAUGAACCAGAGCAAUACGACGCACAUUCUGGCGCUCCUGUUAGUCCUGAUUCUGGCCCUGUCCUGCACGCAUUUGGUCUUUACCACGCUGCAGCUGCAGCGCAGCACCUCCCUGCUGCUGGAAAUCAGCGAUAUCGGACUGGAGGCAAAUGCGACCGGUGGCAACUUGACGACCACCACAAUGAAGCCACCGGCAUCAGCGGGUCAAAUUGCCCAUGGGAGGAGCUUCAUUCCGGCCAUGGGCCUCGAUUCAAAUCCCAGUUGGGUGGCCAAAGGGGUGGGGGGCUCUGAUUCGAAAUCCGCCCCUAACCAUGACCUCGCCGAUUUUGAAGAGGGCGAUAAUGGGCAAACGGGGAGGCAAUGGCGCCGGCAGAAGCGCAAACAUUAUCGACGGCUCCACAAGCACCGCUACAAGCACAAGUCACACCAACAACAUCGCACCAGAUACAGGAUACGGGAGAAGCGGAGUCUGCAGGAUACGGAGUUGGUUAAGGGGGUAGGAACUCAGCUGAUUGUUGACACGGCCCCCGAUGAUGUGUACACAGUUUCACGUGCCGAUGACGCUAACGAUGAUGGUGAUGAUGAAGGGCGGAGCAAACGCAUUACGUAUACGCCGCCUGUCCGCGAAAACAAUCAAAUUUCACAGGCGGAACGUGAUGAAGUGUUAAACACAUCGUCAAGCGCAGGACCUGCCACCGAUAAUUUGGACACUCCUCUGGGCUAUGGCCACCUGCUGACCCUGCUCCUGCUGCAGGUGGACGAGUCCGUGCUGGUCUUCCUCAUUGUCAUGCUAAUCUGCGGGAUUGUAUACGCAUUCCUGCUGUGCAUUCUCUCUAAGCCGGCCAUGAACGAGAUCUUCCUGGUCCUCGUGUCCUACGUUAUUUUGGGCACCUUCCUGGCCAUCGAAGUGGCCGUCAGCUAUGCCAUGCAGCCCAGCAAGUCCUUCAACGGCAGUGCCUGCUGCAUCGUUCUCAUCUACAUGACCUACACGAUGCUGCCCCUCCGCCUCAGGGAGGCCCUGAUCGGAGGCAUCCUCCUGAGCGUCGUCCAUCUGUACACCUGCCUGAGGUUCGCCGCCAGACAGCAAAAUGAUGUGGCCGAGGUGCUCCAGUGGGACGAGCUGCUCUGCACUUUGGUGGCCCUGCUCCUGGCCAACCUAACCGGCGUCUACACCCACUGGCCCAAGGAAAAGGCGCAGAGGAAGGCGUUCAUCGAGACGCGACAGUGCAUCGAGGCCAGGCUGAGGACACAGCGGGAGAACCAACAACAGGAACGCUUGUUGCUGUCGGUGCUGCCGCGUCAUGUGGCCAUGGAGAUGAAGGACGACAUUGCGGGCCAGCCACGUGACACACAGUUCCAUAAGAUAUACAUCCAGCGGCACGAGAACGUCAGCAUCCUUUUUGCAGACAUCUGUGGUUUCACCAGCCUCUCGGAUCAGUGCACCGCCGAGGAAUUGGUACGCCUGCUGAACGAGCUUUUUGCCCGCUUUGAUCGAUUGGCUGCGGAGCAUCAUUGUCUACGCAUUAAGCUGCUGGGCGAUUGUUACUACUGCGUCUCCGGGCUGCCAGAACCCCGUCCGGAUCACGCCCAUUGUGCCGUCGAAAUGGGACUCGAUAUGAUUGACGCCAUAGCGCUGGUCCGCGAGGUUAUGGCCGUGAAUGUGAAUAUGCGAGUGGGCAUCCACACAGGUCGGGUGCACUGCGGCGUUUUGGGCCUGGUCAAGUGGCAGUUUGACGUUUGGUCCAACGACGUGACGCUGGCUAACCACAUGGAGAGCGGCGGGAUACCCGGACGCGUUCACAUAACCAAGGAGACUCUAAAGUGUCUGGAUGGCGAUUACGAAGUGGAGGUCGGCAAGGGAAACGAACGCAAUUCGUAUCUCAAGGAUCAUCAGAUUGAAACGUAUCUAAUAGUGCCGGGUGAUAUUUACAGGCCUCAUAAAAAGUCACGGAAUCGACUGCAGGUUAAUGGCAAUAUAUCCAAGGAGCUACGCAUGAUGGGCCAUGGAACUGCCCAGAAGCACACUUCCAAAUUUGGCUUUGGCGACAGUUCGGAGAGUGCCAAGGAUCCUGAGGACGAGGUGAACGAGUAUCUAAUGCGCGCCAUCGAUGCCCGCAGCAUUGAUCAUUUGAGGGCCGAACACUGUCAGUCCCUGCUACUCUGCUUCAAGGACAAUGUGCUGGAGAGAAAGUACGCCAGCGAACCGGAUCGCAUGUUAUGUGUUUACUUCUACUGCAGUCUGUUGGUUUUGCUCGGCACCAGCAUAAUGCGGCUGGUGGUGUUCCGGAGCUCCCUGCUGACUUUGGCCUUGUCCACGGGCGCUCUGCUUCUGCUCGGGUUCCUGGUAUUUCUGGUGGCAUGUCACAAAAUCAACUUUCAGCUGCCGUCGGACAUCAAACGCUUCUCAUUGCGCAUUCAUAGCAAUCGCAGGAUAUCGCAAUUUUUCGCCUUCGCCAGCGUCGCCCUGAUUGUCCUCACCACCCUGCUGGCCAUGUUCCAGGAAUCGGCCCGUCAGCUGGAGUUGCUCCAGAGGAAGCGCUUCUGGCUGGAUGUAAGCGCGAACGUGAGUCUGAAUGCCACCGAGUUCGGCGCGGAGAUGUAUGCCCCCGAGGACCCCGAUUGUGACUUCUAUCUGGCCUACAAUACCUUUCUGCUGCUCACUCUUCUCUCGAUGAUGAGCUGUGCCACCUACCAAGUGCUGCGCAUCCUGCUGAAGCUCCUGCUGCUCCUGCUGGCCUCCGGCAGCUACAUGGCCUGCUCCUCCUACUUGUACUCGCGCAGCAGGGAAAUAAGCCAGGAACUGGCGAACGAGGAAGCCCUGCUGCGCUACAUAAUUGAUUCCAUCUUCCUUUUUGCAUUCAUGCUGGCGCUGAUUUUCCACAGCCACCAGACGGAGGCCACUUACCGCCUGGACUUUAUUUGGAAGCUACAGGCCACGGAGGAAAAGGAGGAUAUGGAGCACCUGCAGGCUUAUAACCGUAAACUGCUCGAAAACAUUCUGCCCGUUCACGUAGCCGAGCAUUUUCUGAGCCGCGAAAAGCACCUUGACGACCUGUACCACGAGCAAUGCGACUCGGUGUGCAUUUUGUUUGCCAGCAUUCCCAACUUCUCCGAGUUCUACGUGGAACUGGAGGGUAACAACGAGGGCGUGGAGUGCCUGCGACUGCUCAACGAGAUUAUCGCCGACUUCGACGAGCUGCUCAGCGAGGAGCGCUUCCGCUGCAUCGAGAAAAUCAAGAGCACGGGCGCCACUUACAUGGCGGCAUCCGGACUUACGGCGAGCACCUGCGACCGGGUCAACUUUAGCCACGUGACCGCCAUGGCCGACUACGCCCUUCAGCUGUUUGACAAGAUCGAGGAGGUCAACAUGCACUCCUUCAACAACUUUCGGAUGCGAAUAGGUAUUAAUAUUGGUCCUGUGGUGGCUGGCGUUAUUGGGGCCUGCAAGCCUCAAUACGACAUCUGGGGCAAUGCCGUCAACGUGGCUUCGCGAAUGGACUCCACAGGUCUGGUCGAUCACAUCCAGGUGACGCAGGAGAUGCAGCAGAUUCUAGAGGGGCGUGGCUUCGAGCUCACCUGUCGCGGCAGCGUGGAUGUGAAGGGCAAGGGUUCCAUGAUCACCUACUUUCUCAAGGGCAAGAAGCCCAUCGAGGUCAAGGAGGACUUGGCCAAGGCCGAUAUAGAGCCACCCAAGACCUUGACUCUGGCUAAGGAUCCCGAAAUGGAGAAGCAGCAGGAGCAGGCCAAGGAGGAUCUCGUGGAGCAGGAGGACGAUUUGCUGCCCUCGCCCGACAUCGACAUGAACUCCAAUAUGCAGAACUUGACGGCACAGCGGAGGAAGUCCCUCUGCCGGCAGCAUAAUAUAUCCUCCUCCUUUGGCACCACUGUAAGCAGUUCCACGGGCAUUACGCCCAGCAUAUCCAACAGCUCCAGUGUGGUCACCAUCGGCACCCUGCCCGCCAUCCUGCGAAGCGGCAACCCAAAUCCGAGCUCCAACCCGAAUCCCACGACCACUGACAGUUGCUCCGAGUGUGGCGGGGCCACCAAGUCCCUGGCCACGCCCACUGCCCCACCAAGGACACUGGUGGCGGAUCUCAAGGACGAAAUAGCCAGGGAUGAGAAGAUUGGGUUAAAGGACUCCAUUGAGAACCUGGAGAUUCUUUUGAAGAACAACAUCAGCCUAUCGGAUCUGAGCAACAAGCAGCAGCAGAAUCUGCGGGGUGAAAGCAGCAGCUCCACCACCACCACUCUCCGGAAAAGGGACACCAUCGUGAGCUUCAAUGUGACGGAGACGGUGACCACCACAGCCACGCCCUACUCCUCCUCCUCCGGGUCGUCCAGCUCCUCCUCGCAGCAGCCGAAGAAGCGCCGUUCGGUGACCACCAUUGCAGCUAGCUUCACUGCCGCCACCACCACUCGACUGCUGUCCAAUGAGAGCCAGAGCUCCACGCAGACGGCACCCGGAACGCUCGAGACGGCCUCGGUGCCCGGCCAAUCCUCCACGGAGAACUCCUCGCAGGACUGGCAGCCCCGGACGGCCACGCUGGAGCCCAACCGGAGUCCCAUCAAAACCUCGCAGUCCAUGAGCCCCAUUGGCCAGCUGACCACCGAGGUGUUCGUCCUGCCCAACAGUCGCAGCAUGGUGCUCAUUAGCAGCAGCACGAACGGAUCCGUGUCGGGAUUGUUAUCGGGAUCGGGCUCGGGAACGGGUGGCGGGGGCAGCAGUCCCAGGACCGGACACCUGCAGGAUGUCAGCACGUAGAGGAUGCGCAGGCAGCCGUGUAAAUAUGUACAAAACCGCCGGCACUUAGAUGAGACUUAGAGGUAGCACUAAAGGUAACGGUAACGGUAAAGUUAAGGGUAAGGUAAUGGUUAGGGUAAGGAUGUAGCUUCUAGAUUGAGUGGGCCUGCCCGUAUACAAUUACAAUACAGUCGAACUUCUUUAGCUGCGAAUUCCCGCCAUUUAUUUAAGCAACAGCAAUCUCAUAAACAACCUACAUAUAUACAAACAAUGAUGAAAAUAUUUUUUUAUGAUAAGAGAAACGACUAACAUAUUUUCUAAAUUUUGAAUAUAAAUCUUAUAUUUAAGAAAAUAAAAUACCAAUUUUCUUUAAAUUUAUUUAAAAGCUUAUAAAAAUCUUUCAAUAUCUUAAUACCUAACCAAAUACUUUAAAUAAUUGUGUGAUAAAUACAUUUCAUAAAAAGUAAUAUAUUCCAUUUUAAGAGAAAUAGUUUAAAAACCAUAUAACAGAAUUUAGAAAUAUAAAAACAUUGAUUUUUGAAUUAUUAACUCUAUAAAGUUUUCAGUUACAGAAGUUCGACUGCAAAAGGAGCUUUUCCCUAACCCAUGUAUGAUCUCGCAUUUAUUGUAGCUUUACAUGUUCCUCAGUUAGCGUUUCAGGGCACCAACAAAAAUGUAAUUUCCAUAUCACACACUAAACUAAAGUACGAAAGCAAAGUUAUGCACUUCAAAUGGGUACCAAAGAGCGUUGUUAGAACUGUUAGGCAUUCGAUAGGUUGUAAGUUGGACGGAAGGUCCUUGGAAAGGAGUGUAGGUGUGUAAGGUUCCUAUGUGUGUUUGCAGUAGAGUAAGCUAAAAAUGGGUAAGUGUGCAAAGAAAUCGAAUUUAAUGUUUAAUGUUAAACGAACAAAUAACUAUUCUAUGUUGUUGGGGAAUGCAAUUGUAAACUAUGCAUUGUUUAAAUCAUGUAUACGAAUUGAAUGAGCAUAUUAAAUGUAUUUCCAACAUUCUUUGAUUUACAUUUAACGAUUCACUAUAGUCUAGUCAAUUCAUUUUUAAGUUUCAUAGCUUAAUUAAAGGUUACGAUUGCAUUUCCCUGAAAGCCAUAUUGACACCAAGCUAAGGGACAGUAUUCAUCACAAACUCAAUGGAACCAUAUUCCACAUACACAUGAAACAUAUCGAAAAUAAGUAUUUUCCUCUGACUUUUCAGGCUGCCCAUAGCUGGUGCUCUUUCUUAAACUAAAACAAAAAUCUGUCAAUUGAAGAGCAACAAAAGAAAACUAUUUAAAAUUGUUGCACAAACGAUAUUUACUAGAAUAUAAGUUCUAAUGAAAAGAGUAUUCAAUACAAUUAACGUUAAAUGUUAAAACAGUAUCGUUUAUAUGUAAAGUUAAAUGUGUUUCAAUGUCUGUAUGUCUCAAUGUUGCUGAAAGCAUCAACACUAAAUAUAAUUAAAUAUAAAUAUUGAUGCAACAUGUAUUAUGCGUAAACAAAAUGUAAAACCAAAGAAAAACCAACAAAAUUCUCGCUGUGAUUUCUAUGAAGAAGAUGAAAAAAUGCAUAAAUUAUUUUAUAACCUUUUGUUACUUAGUUUUAAAUCGCAAAUUUUACGAAAGCCUCUCGGCCACUUUGACUACGCCAAUAUAUUAUAAUUUAACUGCGUAUGAAGUAUCCUAUAAAGUUUAUACGUAUGUAUGUCAGUGUAUUGAACUUGAUGUUGAUUAGCUUUGAUGUUCA